AUGGCCCCUCUCAAGUCUCUCCUCUUCGGCGCUCUCGCUACGCUGGCCGUAGCAAGCCCUGUCCCCGCCCCAGCCCCGGAGCUCAACCAACUCCAAACCCGUCAGACCAUGAACUCAAACGAUCUGACCUCCGGCUCCUGCAAGGACGUCACCUUGAUCUUUGCUCGUGGAUCAACCGAGAUGGGCAACAUGGGCACAGUGAUUGGACCCCCCCUGUGUACCGCCCUCAAGUCCAAGCUCGGCGACGAUAAAGUCGCCUGCCAGGGUGUCGGCGGCCAGUACACCGCCGGGUUGAUCCAGAACGACCUGCCCCAGAACACCGACCCCGCGUCCAUUUCCGCGGCCAAGAGCGUCUUCGAGGAGGCGGCCUCCAAGUGUCCAAACACAAAGAUUGUAGCUGGUGGAUACAGUCAAGGAAGCGCUGUCAUCGACAACGCCGUGCAGGAGGUCAGCUCCUCCAUCCGCGACCAGAUCAAGGGCGUGGUGCUGUUCGGCUUCACCCGCAACGUCCAGGACCACGGGCAGAUCCCCAACUACCCCAAGGACGACGUCAAGGUGUACUGCGCGGUGGGCGAUCUCGUCUGCGACGAUACCCUGAUCGUGACGGCGAUGCAUCUGACCUACGGGAUGGAUGCCGGCGAUGCGGCCAACUUCUUGGCGUCAAAGGUGGAUGCUUGA